AUGUCGCUGCUGCAGUCGACUCUUCGCCCUCUGGCCGCAUCGCAACCCGCACAAUCUCGCACAUUCUCAUUGCUAUCAGCAAGACGUCCGACACUUCCGUCCACCCCAACUUCGACUUUGUCGCUCAACACCACUCUCGAGCUUCCCACUUUGCCAGCUGCCUCGACCACCCUUACCCUUCUGCAGGCCAGAGGUCCCAAGAGAGAUACCUUCGACCCCUCGCACCGUGUGAGAAAGCGAAGAAGCGGUUUCCUCGCCCGCCUCCGCACGAGGACUGGUCGUAACCUGCUUAAGAGAAGACGUCUGAAGAAGAGAUCCACCCUCAGUCAUUAG